AUGCCUUCAGUCACCCCCUUACGUACAGCUGAUACUGUCACCGAUCCUCCGCCCCCUGCAAAACGGCGGAGAGUUCAAGAUACUGGCGAAGAGGUGGACAAGCAGCUCAAGGUUGCACAAUCUCAAAAGGCACGGCAAGCAGACUACAUGGAACGCAUGGGCGUCAAGGGCGUGCCAGAUACUCCACUACCCAAAUCCACAUCAAGGAUCGAUUUUUCCAAAGGUCUCUUCCUCGCACCUAUGGUUCGCAUCGGGACACUGCCAACUCGCCUCAUCUCGCUGGAACAUGGCGCUGAUCUGGUUUGGAGUCCAGAGAUUGUUGACCGAGCAAUAAUCGGUACUGACCGCGUCGUAGAUAACCGCACUGGUAUCAUAAGAUAUAUUCGCGCAGAUGCUGCCGGCAGUAGGCCAGCCGACGCCGGCUCGGCAGAACGGGAGGUUUUCUCUACGCACCCGAUCGAAAAGCCAUACAUGAUCUUCCAACUCGGUAGCGCCACCCCGGCUCUCGCAUAUGCGGCCGUGUCCCACGUUGCGCAGGAUGUCGCGGGCGUGGAUCUCAAUUGCGGCUGCCCCAAGCCUUUCAGCACGCACGGAGGAAUGGGCAGCAACUUGCUCUCCACACCUGAUCUUCUCUGCGAUAUUCUCGUAGCCAUGCGCAAAGCUGCACCCUCGCAUGUGAGCGUGACGUGCAAGAUUCGCCUGCUACCAACGCAAGAAGAGACCCUCGACUUGGUCAAAAAAAUUGUUCGCACCAGCACUGUAGACGCCAUCACUGUCCACUGCCGCACAAAAGAAAUGCGACCACGCGAAAAGGCGUUGAGUUCGCGUCUGAUUGAAAUUGCACAGGUGAUCAAGGUGGAAAGCGCUGGACAAGUCCCCGUGGUCGUCAAUGGCGACUGCUGGGACCCGGAGGAGGCGCAGCGGAUCAUGGACCUCACAGGCGUCACUGCGGCCAUGAUUGCCCGCGGCGCUGAGUCCAAUCCGAGCGUCUUUCGGCGAUCGGCUCCACCCCUAAGCGUCAAGAGUGUCGUAGCACCAGCUUGGGUGCGCUAUGCACUGGCGCUCGAUAACCCCUUUGGAAACACCAAGUACUGCAUGAACCAACUGGCCAUUCGCCCGGCAUUGCAACCGGCCGCGCCCAGUGCGAGCAAGAAGGAACAGAGCAAGCCCGUCAGCAAACCUUACGAAGGGGAGCAAGGCAAGAAUGCGUUGUCGAAAGCCGAUGCGAACACUUUGAAGCAGAAGAUGGCACAGGCGAAGAGUAUCGAAGACAUGGCGAAACUUUUCAACAUUGAUCCUGUUACUCAACGCAAGAACCCUUUGGACGAGCUCCUGCGGCCGCUGAGAGUGGCGCUGGAAGCGCGUCAGACGCAUCAUCACAUAUAA